AUGAAUCAAUUUUUAAAUAAAUAUGGUGGAAAUGUAUUGAUACAUCGAUUAGAAAUCUUAUGUCAAAACAGAGCUCUAGAAGCUUCUAGACUUGAUUAUGAAGUUUGGGGUGGAAUCUUUCAACCUGAUUCUGGUAGGACUGCUAAGUAA